AUGCAGAAAAUAAACACCAUCUCGUGUUUGCAGCGCCAGGAAGUUGCUGCUCCUGUCCAGAGUUCUGCUAAUGCAAAGCCGCCACAAGCUGCUGUUGUGGUUCCGCCUUCUGCGCAGCAGGCAGAGUGUUCACCUGACCGUCUGGACAGAGUGCUUGCCCUCCUCGAACGUGUACUUUCUCAGCAGUCGCAGCAGCCUAAAUAUGUCAGUAAGUUCAAUACACGCAGCCUGCCCUCCAAGGUCAAACCCCUGGCGCCCUGUGCUGUGUGUGGAGAUGAUGGCCACACUACUCAGUACCACUGCAGGUCCGACCGUCUGUGCUUCACCUGUUUUGCACCUGACCACACGCGCGCUGAUUGCCCAAAUGCUGUCAGUAAGCCUGGGGUUGUUAAGUCUACGGCGCAGCAGCAGGGAAACUAG